AUGUCGUUUACCCCCCAACGGGCGGGCCCGUCCAAGGGAGCGUUCAGCACACCCGCGGGCAAGUCUGUGUCGACACCGACUGGGGCUGGAAAGUCCAUGUCCACACCGACGAGCCAGAGUAUCUGGAGCAGCGCUAGUCCCCAGACGAUCGCUCCCGCACGGGCCUCGUCUGCGCUCCUGCCUUCGCCGCCGAAAGAGUCGAGAUGGACAGAGCACAUUAUCCCCGAGGACACCGAGGAGGGCGUCAAGAAGAGCCGGUCUGACCUGGGCCUGUCUGAACCGUUGGCGCGCAUGGGCCGUAGCUCGCUGCCAGCCCCGUUUGAGCUCUCUGAUCCCCGCGACGACGAACAAGACGAGACUGUGCGCCCAGAGAUAGGCAGACAGGCCACCAAUCGCAAUGUCCGUAUUAUCCAGCGUCCCCAGUCCUCCCAUCUCCAGGUCCCGGCCCAGUCCUAUUCCCAACCUGAAUCACGCGGGACGACACCAAUGCCUCUUCGGCCUUCAUCCCAGCUCGGUCUCAUUACCUAUGGUGGACGUCCACGGAUCCCCCGGUUCAAUGCGCCUGGACUCGACUUGCGGCUGACGAGAGACCCGGGUGUGUGGUCAUACCUCAUCUGGCGCUUCGGUCUUCCCAUUCAGCUCUUUGCUCCCAUUGCGGUCCAGCUGUUCUUGGACUUUUGCUCGGUCUAUGUUGUUGUCCAGGCUGCUGCGGAACCCACCUAUGGCCGCAUCUCCAACCGUCAAAACUGGAGCCUUGCGGCUGCUGCCUAUUGCGCAUGUGUGGCCGUAUGGAUCGUUGGAAUCAUCAUUGUCUACGAGCUCGUCUAUAGCUUUUGGAGACGCUGGAGAGUCAAGCGCCCGGCCAUCACUCCCCUCUACCUCUCCACGCCUGGUCGACACUAUGCCUCUCUUGCAUCCUACGACGUCUUUUGUUUCUUCCGUUCUGUCCAACGGGCUGAAAUCGACUAUGUUCCCGAGGACGAACAUCCGUUUGAUCGAGAAGGUGCCAAGGGCCGAGCAGGGAACCGCAGUCGCGAUAUGCUAAGCAGCCGCUUCGGAGCGAGCGCAGAGAUGUUGUCCGCCCACAGACGAUCAGACUCGGGUGGGGAGCUGCUCCAGAUCGCCAGUCCAGCUGCAGAAUCAUCUGGGAUCGACAAGGAAGGUGUUCGGGGGGAAGGAAUCAGGAGACGUUCGGUCGGUCGCGCAGCAGGCGAAGACCUCGCCGGGAUCCAACCCAAACACACCCGCUCCCCAAGCGACAUGACUCAAUCCCAAACUCACACCCGCUCCCCAAGCACCCAAACCCGGUUCCAAGAACUCGUACACGGACCCGGCCACCCACCGCGCCACGCCCACAAACGCUCCCUCUCGCACGGCACAUCCGAAAAACGCUCGCCCUCGGACCCCAAAUCCAAACACCGUCGAUCGCUCUCGGGGCCCUUUACCCACCGACGCAGCAUGUCCGGCCGCACGAGCUCCGAAGUCGAACGCGCACUCGACCUCACCCCCGUCCAGUCCCGCCGCAUCGUCUCGGGGUCAUCGCACGGUUCGUCAAGCGUCGGCUUUAUGAUCGGCUGCAUCGGAAUCUUCCUCUCCCCGACGUCCCAGAACCGUGCCGAGCUGUGGUACGCGGCGAAACACCGCCUCGCCGAGUUCUUCUAUGCCCGCACCCAGUCGUUCCCGACGCUCAUCACGCUCUUGCCCCGCGCUGGCAUCUCCGCGGCCGCGCUCUUUGCGUUUUGGAAUCCGCCUGUUGGGGGUGGGGGUGUGGGCGUCCAGUUUCGAGAUGGCGCGUUUUUCCGCACUGAUGGGAGUUUGACGGGGUUUUCGAGGGGGACGUUGUUGGCCAAUGUCGUUGUUGCGUUGCUCCGGCUGUUGGUCAUCAUGUCGAGUUUGGUUGGACUUUGGGUGGUCAGUGGACAGGGAUGUGCGGGGUUGUGUGGGCCUAGGUAUCGGUGGGAAGAAGAAGGCGAAUGGGACGAAAAGGGCCCUGUUCCCGAACGCGACGAGCUCGGAUGGGAAUGGCGCGCGCACGCACGAGAACGUGUACAAGACGCCUACGAACUAUGUACCGUCCGACGCCAAUCCUGGAUCCCGCAACCUCCGACUCCCCAACCCCUCGCACACGCUCUCCCCGGCAUCCCAUCCGAAAAAGAUAAAGGCAAGCAGCCGGCCGAGUCGGGUCCGCCCACGUCCACACCGCGGCCCACGAUGGACACGUUUGGCUCGACGUUUGGUGCGGGCGUGGUCAAGGAGCGAAGUUCGGAUCAGGAGUUGGCGUUGAGUAUGCCUGGGGUACGGAUUACCCCGCCUCCUGUGGCUGGUAAAGCUAGUAGGCGGGCGCUGAGCGUUGAGAUGUUUGAGCCUGUUUCUGGUGAAGGAGAAGGAGAGGAAGGGCAAGGGCGAGGACAAGGGCAAGGGCAAGGUAAAAAGGGACUUGUGCCCCCCACGACGGUUCAUACGACCACCCCGUCCACAUUUCUUCCGUUCCCGCUUGCGCCAUCGAGUACGGCGACGACACCACGGACCAAACCACUCGUGUUGCAGUCCCCGCUCGUCACGGCCGUUCGACAGCGCGAGAUGAGCUCGUCGGGGCGUUCUGCUGCCGAGGGAUCUUCGACCGCGCGCGGAGCGUCGACGCCCAGGACCGGACCGAGCACUUCUACGUUGGACCAUACGACUCCCCGAGCAGCUACGAAACUUGAACUCGAGAGCGUGUCGAGUCGCGAAGUGGUGGAAGAGGGCGAAGAGGAAGAGCGUAGCGUGACACUCUCGUUCGAGGAGGACCAAAAUCCCCAGGAGGAUGAGGACGCGGAUGAGGACGAGGAAGAACACGGAGACGACAAGGACCGAUCGCAUUCUGCAGACAGGAGCUACGAUUCGUACGCGGACAAUUUCUCGCUUGGCGAGUACGCGCAUUCGCAGACGGGGAGCGGGAGCGUGCGGAUCCGCGCUCCUCCGCCGCCCGGUUCGGAACCCGACACGAGCGGCUCGUAUUCUGAGCACUUUGACACGACCAGCGCAUCGCUUUCGUCUCUCGGCCAACCCAUCUCGACGCGCUUCUUCCCCGUGUCGUUCCCGCGCCCUGGGGGCGGGUACAGUCCCGGCGGGAACUCGGGGUCUAACGGCGGCUACCCUACGGGCUCGUACCGCUCUCGAGCGAGCGCAUACACGAGUUCGCACAUUGAGAGUCCGCGCCCGCGCCGGUCGUCUGUCCAAGACUCGAUUCUCUCGCACGGUGGUGGUGGCGGCGGCGGUGGCGGGCCGGACUCGAUCUUGUCCUACGGCCACGACUCGCUCGUCUCUCGCUCGCACGGCUCGACGGCCUCGUUUGCUCCCGACGACUCGAUCGUGACGGGCUCGCACGGGCAGGACGAUUCCCUCUUGUCCAUCGCGCAGGACUCGCUCGUCUCGGCUUCGUCUCCCUCGCGCAGCCAGCGGUCCGGGUCCGCAGGGCUCAUCCCGCCCCCGCCUCCGAAUCCGAACCACCAGCGCCGACGGAGAGCAGGGACCGCGCCGAGCGUGAUUAGCGCCGAAUCGAUCGAAUCCCUCGGUGCGCUCCGGCGGCGCGUCGAGUCGCACACCGUCCGUCCCGGGAUCCCGGCCGAGUUUGGAGGAGGUAUGCACGAGGAAGGGUUCGAGGCCGAGCGGGAGGACAGUGUAGGCAUGCUUUCUGCGCCCUCGAGUCGGAAGAACUCGUUGGUCGCGAUUGGGCAGCGCGGGAGACGUGGGAGGGUUGCGUCCGGUUCGGGGUCGAGUAAUUCCAGAGGGACGGGGACGGGGACAGGAUCGUCGGGCUCGAGGGCGGUUUCGGGUGCGUCUGGUUCUACGGGUUCGCGAGCGGUUUCGGGUGGAUCGGCCAUGUCUGCCGGGUCGCGCCACGGACAGUCCGAAGAAGAAACGCAGGAUCAUACGUUUGGUAUUGGAGCGAGCAUGUGGAGACGCGGUACGACACCCCUGCGACAACGACACGACUCCGAGUCUCCGGUCCCUGAACACCCAGAAGCCACCGCGCAAUCGUCUCAUCUCGAGGCCACCCAAGGGUUAUCCACACAACCGUUCCCGAGACAUUCGCUCGGGGCGAGUUCGACUUCGGCCAAUCCAGAAGUCUCGACUGUCGCCGGGUCGUUUGUCACUGCCGCGCGCAGCUUUGUGUCCUCUGCCGCCACGGAGCAUGAUUAG